GUUCUACGCCGGCCCGGCCACACCCGGGAGUCACGUGGGCGAGCUGUCUCACCGGAGGCGCGGCCGGGCCUCGUUACGUGACCCUGUACAGGCUGAGAACUGGGAUGGAGCCGGAAGAAGGGACGCCCUUGUGGCGGCUGCAGAAGCUUCCAGCCGAGCGGGGCCUGCAGCUUCUUCACAAAAUAAUUGAUGGCCUUUGUGGCCAAGCUUAUCCUCUCUACCAGGAUUAUCACAGUGUUUGGGAUUCAGCCGAAUGGAAUCAUGUUCUAGAAGAUAUUACCAAAUUUUUCAAAGCUGUAGUUGGUAAAAAUUUAUCCGAUGAAGAGGUAUUUCAGCAGUUGAACCAGUUGAAUUCACUUCAUCAAGAAGCUGUCAUGAAAUGCUUGAAAAGUAGGAAAGAUGAAAUCAAGAAGACUCUUUUAGAAGAAAUAGUUGAUAUUUCUUCUGCCCAGCUACAGGAUUUUGACUGGCAGUUAAAGAGCUUUAUUGGAACAUGGAACACAGUCACACUCAUUGACGUGUGCUCCUGCACUAUGAUGGCAGAGUGUGAUAGCUGUGACAGUGACCAACUGGCACACACAACCUGCUCCAGGCAGGAGAAGGGAGAGGCCAAAGAAGGGCAGCUCAGUUCCAGCUGGAUCAAUUACCCCAAACCAGUGCCAACCAGUUCUGUCUGCAGCUAUAUUGAGCUUGCACUUUCUAGUGACAAGAUUGCUACACUACAAAUGCCACUUUUAAACCUUCACCUGGAUGUAAAAGAAAAUGGUGAAGUCAAACCAUAUUCUAUUGAAAUGAAUAAAGAAGAGCUGCAGAAUCUAAUAAAUUUCUUGGAAGCAGCUAAUAAGGUGGUACGGCAGUUGAAAUAACUGGAUAUGAUGAAUACCAACACUGUCAGAUCCCAUUGCUACAACUGAUAUGCCGGAGUGAAUAUUGUGUGUUCAGAAAACCUGCAAUAUAGUGACUCUUACGCCAAGCUGAGAAAGCAGCAGUGUUGAGAUUACAAAGAUAAAAAUGUAUCAACUUCCCUAAAGAACAGGAAAUUACAUGGUUCAUGGGAAAUGCAUAAAAAAAUGAAAGAUGAAAAAGCUAUAAUAGCAGUUUAUAUUUUCAUAAUGGUCAUUUUGCCUCUUUUAUUAAAUAUUUGAGAAAUCUUUAUAGAUACACAGUUUUAUUGAAAAUUAAAAAUAGGCUCCAAAGUAAAGUAAACAUAUAAAGCACAAAUAUACUUGAAUGUUGCUUAAAGAAGUAUGUGAAUAGCAAGGAUGUGUAUUAUGGAUAGAUAUGAUUAAUUUGUUAUAUUUAAAAAAUAGCUUUUAAAGAAUGUAUAAGCUGCAUUAUAUAACUCAGGAGAUUCCACAUUGUUCUCGUAUUUCAAAGGAAAGAUUAUAAAAUGUUAAAAUUUCUUAGAGAAAGAAGUUCUUCAGACAUGAACAAGAAAAAAUACAUCUGUGUGAACAGUUGAGUUUAUGAAUUCUAGAGACAAAUCUUUUACUAGAACACAGGAAAAAGAAAAUACACUGUUAUUUCUGCAUUUCUGUAUCUGAUUGGGACGGUUUGCUCUGAUGAAAAGAAUAGAUGUCAUUAUAUAGUAUAUAUAUAACUAUUCAAUUAUUAGCUGUGAUUAUAUAUAGGUCCAGUUUUGUUAUAAAACUCCUAAUAUUGAAUUUAACAGUUUUGGAUGUUAACAACCAUUGGAAAACACCAUUUUUAAUUUGGCUUAACAAACACUAUGAACAAAUAAAAAGUGGCAUUUUA